AUGCGGGUGGCUGGAGUGGAGCCGGCAAACAGCUGUGUUACAGGAGACAGUGUCAGAGAGGCGACAGUAUGUUCCCAGGAAAUUAAAAGUGAAGCAGCUAAUCCAAUAUCCGAGCCCUUGCAGAGGACCACAGCUGAUGCUCCCAGGGAAGCCGACAAACACCGGACAUUCCCCUCAGGUCCCUACAUAGACGACUUGCCCAGAAACUUGAAGAUCUGUCAGAAAGAGAAAUUUGACGUCAUCUGUGACAAUCAGACAGGAAGGAAAAAUGCCAGUAAAUUUGAUUUAUGGUGCCAAGGUGAUUUAAAUUAUGUAAUUCAACAAAUAUAUAUAGCUCAAGUAUUACCAUAUGUUAUAGAAGAAAAAGAUCACAAUGCUAUUGUCAAGGGUAGAUGUUGUUUCUACAGGUCACCAACGACAGAAGCAAUAGUGUGGUCUGAAAAUAUGGACAUACUUUUAACAAACCAAGCUGGUCUAGAUGCUUUUCGAACAUUUCUAAAGUCAGAGUUUAGUGAAGAGAAUGUUGAAUUCUGGAUUGCCUGUGAAGACUUCAAGAAAACAGAAAGUGCAGAAAAAAUUGCUUCUAAAGCCAAGAUGAUUUAUUCUGAAUUCAUUGAAACCAAUGCCCCUAAAGAGAUUAACAUUGACUUCAGUACCAGGGAUCUCAUCUCAAAGAAUAUUGCAGAACCAACUCUCAAAUGUUUUGAUGAGGCUCAGAAGUUAAUCUAUAGUCUCAUGGCCAAGGAUUCUUUCCCUCGAUUUCUAAAGUCAGAGAUUUACAAGAAACUGGUAAAUAGCAAACAGGUUGGAAAUAAUAAAAAAUGGCUUCCUUUCUUGUAAAGGUAAACAGUAAACAAAUAACCAAGUAGUUACAAUUUGGGGGAAAACAAAUGAUAGGAGAGAAUAAUUCUUAAUUUCUGUACCUGAAGGCUAAAAUGUUAAAUAUACUAAUACAACAUAAAGGUUUUUUAGGGUUUAGAAAACAUUUUUUGCUCCAAAGGAAGAAUACUUUUUCUAUAUGAUGCCUGAUAUUCUGAGUCAUUUGUUUAUAAUUUAUUCACUUUAUCAAGUACUUAAAAAAUGUUCUACUGGGAAAAUACAAAGGGAGUUUGUAGAGAUAAUACACUAAGUAGAUAUUCAUAUAACGUUAUAAACUCAAAGAAUUAUAUACCUUCAUGUUGCUGAAUGGGAGCCUGGUUAGCAUCAUAUACAUGAUUUUAAACACCAUUUGCAUUGUUUAGAACCUCACAUAAGUAGAAAGAGAAAUUCUGUACCAAAUACAACCUUCUACCUAGUGUACUCAGCUAUUUCUUUUCAGCCAGGAUUUGCCACAUAAUAACUCAGUGGUUAUCUAAACUGCUAUGGCCCUCAGUUUAAUUAAAAAGAAAAUUAAAAGAAUGUAUACAUAUUUUUGUAUAUGUCAUUAUAUAUAUAUAAUAAAUACAUAUUUUAUGUAUAUGACUUUUUAUAAAGUGUCACAUUUUAUAUAUGACCAUGGCUUAGACUUUGUCAAAAUAUUAUCGGUUGGUUCAAUUCUCUGACAUCACAUAGGCAUAUGUAUGGGAAGAGUAUGAAGUGUGUGGAAGACUGAUUUUCUUAGAUUAAUAAAAAUAUAAAGAAGAGGAAUGGGAGUAUGGCUAAGUCCUUAUAUAAUGAACUGCAUAA